AAAACUUACUUUAUUAUUUAUUAUAAAUUGCAUUGCAAAGCUGAGAUUUCAGUCUUUGAAAAAUAGUUUUAAAUAUAAUUAUCAUAAUAUAGUGGAAACUGAACGUCAAGAAGUAAUGUAAUCUCAAAAUUAUUUUCAAAAAGAGAUACAUGCCAAGGUAAAUUAUAGAACGAAGAAUCUGAAUUGUACUCUACUUUAUUUUUCAAACGCCUUGGAUAUUAUUUAAUGCAGAACGUACGCAGUUGAUUGUUGUAUGAUUUUAAAUAAGCAUUGAUUUCCUGCAAUCACGGUGAUCCGGCGACUACGAUAUAUCCGCGGUUCAGUUAACCGUGUGUCGUGGCGAAAAUCAGUCGCAAUGAUUUUGGCGCUCGGUGCUGUAGUGGCGUUCAUCGCUGUGUACCAAUAUCUUGGAUUGUUAUUCACAGCUGUAGUGUUUAUUACUUCUGGAUUGUUGUACCUGUUGAUAUUCCAUACGAGAUGGUGCUAUGUCGCUCUGAAAACUGCGCCGAGAGAUGUAAGAGCUCUCUGUUGUUAUGUAAAAGUAUUACUCAUAGCUUGGAAGUGCAGUAGACAAAAUGCAACAGUACCUGAUAUAUUUCAUGAAGUUGUACAGAGAAAUCCCAAUAAAAAAUGCUUUUUAUUCCAAGAAGAAGAGUGGACUUUUAAGGAGGUAGAAGAUUACAGUCUGCGCGUGACAGCAGUUUUAAAGAACCAAGGUAUCCAGAAGGGCAAUAUAGUGGGUCUGUUGACUAACAAUUGUCCCCAAAUGCCUGCAUUAUGGUUGGGUGCAACACGUUUGGGCGCAGUUUGCCCACUCAUAAAUAUAAACCAGCGAGGCAACGCUUUAAUACAUUCAAUAAACGUGGCUAAAUGCGAUGCCCUCAUAUUUUCCGAUGAAUACCUGUCAGCCAUCCAUGAUGUGUCCAGCCAGUUAGAUCCAAAAUUAAAACUUUACAAAUUUUCCCACCGUCCAUUAAACUCGCCUAAAUCUGAGAAGGCCAGUGGUGAUGGUAUUCCUGACUUUAUUGACCUUCUGGAGGUCACCCCACCUGCCCCAUGGACCAAGGCGGACGGCUUCGGCUUUCAGGGAAAACUUCUAUACAUAUACACUUCUGGAACAACUGGAUUGCCGAAAGCAGCGGUUAUAACUACUUCUAGGUUCAUUUUCAUGGUAGCAGGUCUGCAUCACAUGCGUCUUAAUUCAUCUGAUGUGGUCUAUUGCUCUUUGCCACUGUAUCACACGGCUGGAGGCGUUGUUAGCGUUGGGCAGGCGCUGGUCUUUGGCUGCACGGUUAUAUUGAAACCGAAAUUCUCAGCAUCGCAGUUUUUCCCUGACUGCGCUAAGUAUAAAGCAACGGCAGCUCAUUACAUUGGAGAGAUGUGCCGGUACAUACUAGCCACGCCCCCGUCUCCGGUGGACAAGCAGCACAACGUACGGGUUAUCUUCGGCAAUGGGCUUAGACCUCAGAUUUGGACAGAGUUCGUAACGCGUUUUAAUAUCAAAUACGUGACCGAAUUUUAUGGAGCAACUGAAGGAAAUGCUAAUAUUGCAAAUACUGAUGGUACCCCGGGAGCAAUUGGCUUCUUAUCUCGCAUCUUUCCGAGCGUAUACCCCAUCGCCAUAAUAAAAGUUGAUCAAGAAACUGGUGAACCAAUCAGGGACUCGCAAGGGUUGUGCCAGAUGGCGGGUCCGGAUGAGCCGGGCGUUUUCAUUGGAAAGAUAUCGGCAAAUAACCCAUCUCGGGAGUACCACGGUUACGUUGAUAAGGCGGCCUCAGAUAAGAAGGUUGUCAAGGAUGUCUUUGUGAAAGGAGAUUCCGCUUUUAUAUCGGGUGAUAUUUUAGUAGCUGACGAAUUCGGUUAUCUUUACUUCCGGGAUCGCACAGGCGACACCUUCCGGUGGCGAGGUGAAAACGUCAGUACCAGUGAAGUGGAGGCAGCAAUUUCAAGGGUUGCUAGCCAUAGAGAUGCAGUUGUUUAUGGUGUACUGGUUCCUAACACAGAGGGCAGAGCUGGUAUGUGCGGCAUAGUAGAUCCUGACGGAAGUCUAGAUUUAGAGCAACUAGCCCGUGACCUAGCUCGGGAUUUGCCUCCCUACGCCAGACCUAUCUUUGUGAGAGUCAUGUCCAGUAUGGAUAUGACCGGAACAUUCAAAAUGAAGAAGACAGAUCUACAAAAAGAAGGUUUCGAUCCAAGUUUAACGAAAGGUGACAAAGUCUAUUAUCUGGAUAUGAAACAGAAUAAAUACAUUCCUUUAGGACCUCAAGAGUAUGAAUGUAUAAACAACGGAAAGAUUCGAUUGUGAUUAAAUAUUUUAAUGCGUUGGACAUGUAUCAAAUUGGUUAAAGUUAACUGUGAUCGGUUGGAGCUGGUAAACCAAUAUCUGGGUAUAUUUUUUAUUUUGCAAACAAUCUCUUUAAUACUCAAUUCGCUUGUACCUUAUAAAAUUGUGAUAAAGAGUCCACAUUGCCGCGAAAAUGCCAUAGCUUGUAGUAUUCCUACAUUUGUUAUAAAUUAUUAACACUCGAAUAAUAUGAAACUAAUAAUUUAUAUAUUUUAUUUAUAAAAUGUUAUCGAAUAUGUAUUUAAAUUAUGAACCUCAACAUUGAUCUUAUGGAAGCGAUCGUUAAAUUACGCUACGACACGUGUACGGGGGCCUGCGUAUACGUCUCCAAUGACUAGUUUUGUCUUUAUCACUCUUGUAUGAAUUAACGAGACAAAACAUUUUCCGAAUGCUUAUAUUGAAACUCCUAUAAGUAAAAUUGAUAAUACUGUUUUAUUCAGAGCUGAGAAAUCUAAGUACUGCUUAAGUCCUGACUACAGCAUUGAAGUACGCGUUUAUUUACAAUAAUUUUGUGAAGUUGAUACGUUUGUAUGAAUUCUCAUAGUAAUUGUUAUGUAAUUUUAUCGAGUGAAUUAUUUAGAGUUCUUAUAGUGGAAGGGGUAGAGUUAGCUAAUAUGAGUGUUCAAUGUGCAUUAUAGGGUUUCUCCAACCAUAGAUUUUAAAGGGGACCUUCACCGAGGAAUAAAUUGAAUUGGGAUCAUACUUCAUACAUUUUGCCAGUUUCUAGGACAAAAUUCAACUAUUGUCUAUUUAUAAUAAAAGUUUAGAUUCAGAAGCAUAAUUGUAUUUUGUUAUUUUAUUCUAAAAGUGCAUGAAGUUUUCAUCGACAUUCUGAAAUGUGCCACAAAGCUUCUGUUUUUGUUUAAUGACUUGUUGUUGAUGUAGUUAGAUAAAAUGUAGUUUAAUAAAGCUUAUGGUGGGCUUAGGUGCUAAUAUCAGAACAUACUAAAGGUCGCAUGGCUACGGAGUCCGUAAACUAUUAGGAAUUGAUUUUUAGAAAAAUUGCAGACAUUCAAGACAUAUAUAGAAACAGUAUUUCGAAUCAAAAGCUAUGAAAUUAAUUCAAUAAGUUCUUCUUUUGUUUUCCAGUCUAUAAUUGUAAGACUGACGCAAUCAUUUAUUUAGGUAGUAAGGUUUAGGGUACUGUUAUACUAGUAUUAAAGUUUAUAUUUUUUAA